AUGCCCGAAGAACGCCCUUGCAUUUUAUCUCCACCCAAGGAGAGGAGAGUGUAUCGGGGACUCAAUCUGGUACACAUCAGAGCCGAUGGGCGUGAACUAUCUGGCAGCACUUCUACCCAGGAUCUGCAGGGCAGUGGGAACAACUACAUACACAAAUCACAGCAUCAGGACCACGAGAGUCCAGAAACUGGCCAGUGCUGGUUUAGAAGCAAGGGAGAUGAUGUCAGUGAGUGGGCAUCAGUGCGAAGGUUCGCUCCAUAGCUACUGGCGUCCCUCACUGACAGACAGAAAACGCUGGAGCAACAUCCUGGCCGAAAACAAAGAGAACAGUGCAGCACCAUCAACACCCAAAAGGCUGAAGCAAGGCAGCAGAAGUAGUAGCUGA